CAGCCGCCGACCAAAAGAAAGCGAGAUUCCAUCAGCCAGAAGGUGAUCAUUUGACUCUUCUCACUGUUUAUAAUGGAUGGAAAGCGAGCAAAUUUUCGAAUGCUUGGUGUUUCGAGAAUUUUAUUCAAGCACGAAGUAUGCGACGUGCUCAAGAUAUUAGGAAGCAGUUGCUUGGUAUUAUGGAUCGAUACAAGCAAGACAUCAUUUCUUGUGGCAAAAAUUAUAACAAAGUUCGUCGCACUAUUUGUGGAGGAUUCUUUCGACAUGCUGCCAAAAAAGAUCCGCAAGAAGGAUACAAAACAUUGGUUGAAGGAACUCCUGUAUAUAUUCAUCCUUCUAGUGCUUUGUUCAAUAGAGGUCCGGAAUGGGUUAUUUAUCACGAAUUGGUCCUCACAACCAAAGAAUACAUGCGAGAAGUGACAGCGAUUGAACCAAAAUGGCUUACAGAAGCUGCGCCAACUUUCUUCAAAGUAUCUGAUGCAAACACUAUAAGUAAGCGUAAGAGAUCCGAAAAGAUUCAGCCACUGUUUAAUAAAUACGAGAAACCCAAUGAAUGGCGACUUAGUCGUGUUAAGAGACAUCAAAGAGUCUCGCAAACUUUCGGUUAG